UGUUUGAGUAGAAGUUUGAAGCGCGUUUGGGAAGUGUCGUCACCGAAAUUCGAAAGUUUACCCGCGACACAUCGCGUCCGACUUCAACCUCAUCAGACACAGCAUGCCUUCAAGGUGGGCAGACACGGAAGAAGACGCGGUAGAAGAGGAGAGGAGAAGGGAAGAGAAAGAGGCGAAGAAGAGGGCAAAGGCGGAAAAGCAGCGGCAGGCAGAGGAGGAGGCGCAGAGGGUGAAGGCAGCACAACGCAAUGGCAUAGAAGGCGAGCGCGAUGGCGAUGGGAGGGCAGCCAAGCGCCGCAGACUCUCCCCGGACACGGCGACAGAUACACCCCCGGUCGAAAACGAGGCAAGCAGGCUCUUGCGCUUCCACACGCCUUCCUGGCAGCCCUGCCGGUCCAUCGAGAGAUUCCAUCUCCUCAACCACAUCGAAGAGGGCAGCUACGGCUUUGUUUCGCGCGCGAGGGAAGAAUCGACCGGGGAGAUUGUGGCGGUGAAGAAGCUCAAGAUCGAUCCCGUGCGAGACGGAGGCUUUCCCGUGACCGCGUUGCGGGAGAUCCAGUGUCUCAACGCCGCCCAUCAUCGGCACAUCGUCAACCUCCGCGAAGUCGUCACGGGCGAGCGCGGGCAGGGGAAGCGAGAUGUCUACCUCGUCAUGGAGUUUCUCGAGCACGACCUCCAAACCUUGCAGGAUGAAAUGGACGAGCCCUUCAUGCCGUCGGAGAUCAAGACUCUGAUGCUGCAGCUCGCCAGCGCCGUCGAGUUCCUGCAUGACCACUGGAUCCUCCAUCGCGACCUCAAAACAUCUAACAUUCUCAUGAACAACCGAGGCGAGAUCAAGCUGGCGGACUUUGGCAUGGCACGCUUUUGUGGUGAUCCGCCGCCGAACAACCUCACCCAACUCGUCGUCACGCUCUGGUAUCGCUCGCCCGAGCUCCUCCUCGGGACCAAGACGUACGAUGCGGCGAUAGACAUGUGGAGUCUGGGAUGCAUCUUUGGCGAAUUGCUGAGCAAGAAGCCGCUGCUACAAGGCAAGAACGAAGUGGACCAGUUGAGCAAGAUCUUCGAACUCUGCGGCAUUCCCUCUAGCGAUGCGUGGCCUGAGUUCCGCAGUCUGCCCAAUGCCCGAACGCUACGUUUGCCAUCGCAGUCCAUCAAGGCGGCACAGGGCAGCAUUGUACGCUCCAAGUUCCCCAUCCUCACCAAUGCUGGUGCAAGUCUCCUCGACAAUUUGCUCUCCCUCAACCCCGCGCAUCGACCCAGCGCCAAAGAGGUGCUAGAGGACGCAUAUUUCCGAGAGAAUCCACGCCCCAAGCCGACGGCCAUGUUUCCCACUUUCCCAUCCAAGGCGGGCCAGGAGAAGCGGCGCAGGAAGCAGACUCCCAACGCGCCGGUCAGAGGCGAGGCGCCGAACUUGGGGGAGAUUGAUUAUAGUUCCAUCUUCAAGGGGAGGGAGUUGGAGGAGAAGGGCGGCGGGUUUGCCUUGAAGGUUGGGUAAUCUCACCUCCCCACGGCACGACUUUCGAUCAGGCUUUAGAGAAGACGGUAUAGAUCACCGGAGGCUGGUGCUUCCGCAAGGCUGUAGGCCAAUUUACUGUUGUGUCAUCCCUGGGCGAUUGAUGCAAGAGGAUAGCAGAGAUAUUCAGUAGCAAGCUUAUAUGAUGAGCCUUGCUAUAAGGCGUCUGUGCAGCUA